UGCAGUUGUUCGUAAAGUUACCACUCCUUUCCGUGAUGGCGAGAAAGAAGGAGCCUUCCCCUUUUCACUUUUCCACACGGAGUAAAUAAAAGAGCCUCCCAGUUACCAAACUCACAUCUCCGUUGCUCAUAUGAACAAAUGCCAAUCUCACCUGAAAUCUUCUUCCUCUUCUCCUUUCUCAUCUCCCUCUCCUUCACAGAUGGGACUCAACUCAUCAUAGUGAACAACUGCAAGGAAAGCAUAUGGCCCGGAAUCCUUGGCAAUGCAGGCCACACAACACCUCAAGACGGCGGCUUCCACCUCUCCAGCGGCGAGCAACAAGUCCUUAACGUCCCUGAAAACUGGUCAGGCAGACUAUGGGGCAGGCAAGACUGCUGCUUUGAUGAAAAAACCGGCAGAGGCACAUGCCAAACGGGUGAUUGUGUCGGGCUCUUACAAUGCAGGGGACUCGGCGGAGUCCCUCCAGCCACUCUCGUUGAAAUGACACUCGGAACCUCGAAAUCCGCCUUGCAUUACUACGAUGUGAGUUUGGUUGACGGUUUCAAUGUGCCGGUUUCGAUGAGGCCAGUAGGUGGUGGUGGCGGUGGUGGGUGUGGAGUUGCUGCCUGUGAGGCUGACUUGAACGUUUGCUGCCCGCUUGCCUUGGUGGUCAAGAAACAAGGUAGGGUUGUGGGGUGCAAGAGCGCUUGCUUGGCCGGGAAAUCGGACCGGUAUUGCUGCAGAGGGGAGUUUGCAGACCCAGAGAGUUGCAAGCCUACUGUUUUUGGGCAUCUUUUUAAGGCUAUUUGUCCUAGGGCUUAUAGCUACGCCUUUGAUGAAUCUACAGGGCUUAAGACUUGUUCGGCUCCUAGGUAUGUCAUUACGUUUUGCCCUCCUAAAUAUGGUUGAUUUGAGCAGACCAAACCCUAGUGCAAAAUGCUGGGUAGGUUUGGUGGGGUUUUCUUGUCUUGUCAUUGCUAUGUAUUACUUUGGUUCUUUGGUAUUGUGGUUUCAGUUUCUCUGAACAAAAAUUUGUUGCUGGCUCCAGUUUCUAUAUUUGGUUAACUAGAAUCUAGUCCGGUAUGGAACCGAUGUCUGUUCUUUGUUGGUAUGACAUGGAUUACCUAUCGAUAUCAUUGUCGCAAAUGAGUUAAUGAAACUUAUUGAUACGUUGUUGAUGCAUUUACGACAAUAUCGAUGCACAUUCGUUAAAGGGCAAACGAAACAUUUGAGAUUUCAUACAACAGCAUGACAUAAUGAAUCUGUAAAUGGAAUCCCAACUCGAAAAAUUAUUCGAAUAAAAAAAAGUUGAUUAGAAAAUAAGGAAAACUAAUGAAAAGGGUGCCAUACAUCAAAAAAAUUUAUGGAGGACUCCACCUGGUAAAACAUUUGUACAGUCACGACCACAAAUUCUACUACCGCCUCGCUUUUUACACCCUUAAAACUUGUACACUAAAUUUAUCUCCUCUGCAGGGGGCCUCAGGUGUGUUCACCGUCUGAGCCGCGACUACUCUAAGGUAUAUCCUCAAA